ACCCAGCUCUGGAUCAUCAGUCUCUGGUCCUGCUGGGGUCUGAUCUAGGAAUAGCCCUUGGCCCCAUUUGGGUAAGGUAUAGGGCAGCAACAGGCCAUCGUGGCCACAAAGGAUAGGUUCUGACUGUCUGACUUCCCCUUAUCCUUAUGUCUUUUCCUUUAAGAAUUCGGUUGAGCGUUCUGGCAAUGUUGGGGGCUUUACAUUCUUUAAAAAGCUUUUCAUAUGUCCCUAUCUCCUAAAACAGUGAGUGUCCUUGGCUGGACAUGGUGGCGCAUGCCUGUGAUCCCAGCACUGAGGGAGACAGAGGCAGGUGGAUCUCUGCAAGUUAAAGGUCAGCCUGGUCUACAAAGUGAGUCCAGGACAGCCAAGACUACACAAAGAAACCCUGUCUCAAAAAGCAAAAAAGAAAAAAGAAAAAGAAAAUCAGUCUUUAGAGAAAACCGGUUGCUCCUCUGAGUUGUUGAGAGGGGGUUACUUCUUUGUAUAGCCCCAGCUUCUAAGACGCUCUUAGUUCUGUCUUCAGGAGCUUUGCAGAUUAGGAACUGUGGGGAGCUCCCAGGGGUAAGGGAGAGGAGAGGGAGAGAAUAUGGACCACACAUUGCCACAGCCUGCGAAAGGGAGAUGGGAAUGUUUGUUAGCGCAUGCCCACACCUAUGUGCCUUUGUGGUUGCUGCGUGUCACCACAAGUCCGGGACGGCUGUGGCACGUACCACUGUGCAGUCUGUGCAGAUUGGCCUUUGCGCGCCCGUCUGAGUGCACGCGCCUCCCGAGCAAGGGCGUGGCCGCUAGAGUAGGUGUGGCUUCCCAGAGGUGGGUGGGCCUGCCUCGCGGUAGGAGAGCAAGUUAGCGGCCAGCUGUGGUCAGGAGCCCGCCACUCCAGGCGCGAUGCUGUUCUGGACUGCGCUCAGCUUGGCUUUGAGUCUGCGGCUGGCACUGGCGCAGAGCGGCGUAGAGCGCAGUACCACACCAUCAGCCCCACAGGGGGACCUACUGUUCCUGCUGGACAGCUCAGCCAGUGUGUCACACUAUGAGUUUUCAAGAGUUCGAGAAUUUGUGGGGCAGCUGGUGGCUGGAAUGCCUUUUGGACCCGGGGCUCUGCGUGCUAGCCUGGUGCAUGUGGGCAGUCGGCCGUACGCAGAGUUUACUUUUGAUCAGUACAGUUCAGGCCAGGCUAUACAGGAUGCCAUACGUGCUGCGUCCCAACGUAUGGGUGACACCAACACGGGCCUGGCACUGGCCUAUGCCAAAGAACAAUUGUUUGAUGAGGUAGCAGGUGCCCGGCUAGGGGUUCCUAAGGUACUGGUGUGGGUGACAGAUGGGGGCUCCAGUGACCCCGUGGGCCCCCCUAUGCAGGAGCUCAAGGACCUGGGUGUCACCGUCUUCAUUGUCAGCACUGGCCGAGGCAACCUAUUAGAGCUGUUGGCAGCUGCCUCAGCUCCGGCUGAGAAGCACCUACACUUUGUGGAUGUGGAUGACCUUCAUAUCAUCGCCACAGAGCUUCGGAGCUCCAUAGCUGAUGCGAUGCAGCCUCAGGAACUUCACGCCAAGGAGAUUCUGUCCAGUGGCUUCUCCGUGUCCUGGCCACCCCUGCUGACAGCAGACUCUGGUUACUACGUGCUGGAGCUGGUGCCCAGCGGCAAACUGGUAACCACAAGACGCCAGCAGCUGCCCGGGAAUGCCACGAGCUGGACCUGGACCGACCUCAACCCGGACACAGAUUAUGAAGUAUCGCUGCUGCCCGAGUCCAACGUGCGCCUCCUGAGGCCCCAGCACGUGCGAGUACGCACGCUGCGAGAGGAGGCUGGGCCAGAGCGGAUCAUCAUCUCGCAUGCUCGUCAGCGUAGCCUCCGCGUAAGCUGGGCCCCCGCGCUUGGCCCGGACUCCGCCCUCGGCUACCACGUACAGCUCGGGCCUCUGCGGGGCGGCUCUGUGCAGCGCGUGGAGGUGCCGGCUGGCCACAACAGCACUACCAUCCAGGGCCUGGCGCCUGGCACCGCUUACCUGGUGACUGUGACUGCCGCCUUCCGCUCGGGCCGCGAGAGGGCACUGUCGGCCAAGGCCUGCACGGCCGCUGGCCAGCGGACCCGUGUCCCGCAGGAGCCAUGAACUGCCUGCCCGCCUGCCCGAGGGUCCCUCUUCCCUAGCCCGGUGAGAGAGGCGCCACCGCCGCUGAAACCGAGGUUUUUCUCGUGGAUGGGGUGGGAUGGGGAGAUAGGGUGCCGCUCCUGCCUUUGACCCGCGUAAUUCCUCCGGUCGUUUCUCUCCUGGUCAUCCCGGACAGCAUCCUCUCCUGACUCCCUGGAAACCUGUGGCAACCCUGGUAGUUGAACGCGCAAUGGCGAUCCUCUCAGGUUGCCAGUGGAGUUGAACACACAGUGGUGUUUGGACAAAAUUUGGGGGAGAUGGACAGUGUCUGAGGUUAGGUUGAAGACUUAAGACCCGGGACCAGCGUUCAAGAGAGGAGGCCACAGGGUUGCCUAUCUGUGCCAAAGGUUGCGCCCGCUGGUGACAAGGACUCCACGUGGCUUGGAUGUCCUGCCUGUUCGUAGAAAAUGGGUGGGAGAGAGGAAGGAGAGGCUGGUGUAGGCAGGAUUCCCAAAGACUUCCUGAGGGAAAGGAAAGAUACAGAUAGGAAGGGAUACUGGGAGUCUGAUGAUGUUGCCAAGUAUUUUCAUCAAGAUUUUCUGCCAGCCUGAAGACCAGUAUCUGUCAGGAACACUGGCCCUUCCUGCCUGGCCAGGACCUGCCCUAGGCCCUGCUAUCAGUGCCUGGGAUGCAGUCUUUUCACCGGAAUGGGGAGAGACAUUGGGGAUAGGAGAGCCCUGCCAUGACAGGCUCUAAGGGAACCUCCUGUUUUAGUGUGGGGAGCUGCAUAGAGGAACAAACGAUAUUCUCCGGGAUCGGCACACUCCAAGUCCUCUAACCCCAAGGUGUCACGCCGGUGGUGGGCUUAUCUUCAGUCAUCACCCUGGGCUUCCCACAGAGAGCUGAGGGUAGUCAGGAACAGGCUUCCUCUCAAGUCUUAGGGAAGACCCUCUCCUCCCAGAAUCACUUGCCCUAACCAAGCUCACUUCAUCUGUCUUCCCCACUAAUGACCCAGAAUCUAACAACACAAUAAUUCAGAUAUAAACUGUGCCUGCAGUCUCAUUAAAAUGCUUUAUUUUUCAUCAGAA